AUGGCGGCAAUUGCUGGUUGACUCUGUGGGCACAUAAUCCAUCUUCUUCACUUCAUUGUAUCUGUGCUUCAUUUACAGUUCCAUAUAUUAAUCGCUCGUGUUCCGUCGACUGACCGUUCAAAAGUAAUUUAAAGGAGCAGUUUCAUUUAUAGCUGUUUUGGCUGUUCAAAUUUCUUUACGGCUCGUGGAUUUUCAGCUCUGAUACAGGGAAAAUGGCACCUGAGCCGGUCAAUGUUAGGGAGUUCCAGCAGUUGGCUAAAGAGGCCCUCCCGAAAAUGUAUUAUGAUUUCUAUGCUGGUGGAGCUGAAGACGAGUUCUCACUGAAGGAAAAUAUGGAAGCAUUUCGUAGGAUUACCUUACGACCUAGAGUUCUAGUGGAUGUUAGUAGAAUAAAUAUGUCUACUACUGUACUGGGAUACAAAAUCUCCGCGCCAAUCAUGAUUGCUCCUACUGCUAUGCACAAGUUGGCUCAUCCUGAAGGAGAGGUUGCCACAGCCAAAGCAGCAGCUGCAUGUAACACCAUAAUGGUUCUGUCUUUCAUGUCUACCUGCACUGUGGAGGAGGUUGCUUCGAGCUGCAAUGCUGUUCGGUUCUUCCAGCUCUAUGUAUUGCUCUCAAAAAAGCGAGAUGUGACAGCUGCAUUAGUGGAUAGAGCUGAAAGGCUUGGAUAUAAAGCCCUCGUUCUAACUGUUGAUGUUCCCCGACUUGGUCGAAGAGAAGCGGACAUAAGAAACAAAAUGAUUUCACCUAAAUUAAAGAAUUUUGAUGGCCUUUUCUCAACUGAACUUGAGUCUGACAAUGGUUCAGGUUUGGAAGCUUAUGCAAAUCAGACAUUAGAUGCAUCAUUGCAAUGGAAGGAUAUAGCAUGGUUGAAAUCUAUUACGAAUCUGCCAAUUCUUAUCAAGGGUGUACUUACCGGUGAAGAUGCAAUUAUGGCGGUGGAAGUAGGUGUUGCUGGCAUAGUUGUCUCAAAUCAUGGAGCCCGCCAGCUUGAUUAUUCGCCAGCCACCAUUUCUGUGCUAGAAGAGGUAGUGCGUGCUACCAAAGGUAAAAUUCCUGUGCUCCUCGAUGGUGGUGUGCGGCGAGGAACAGAUGUAUUUAAAGCUUUAGCCCUUGGUGCACAAGCUGUCCUUGUUGGACGGCCUGCAAUCUAUGGACUGGCUGCAAAAGGGGAAGGUGGGGUGAGACAAGUCAUUGAAACACUCAAGACAGAGCUUGAGCUCACCAUGGCUCUGGCUGGAUGCCCUAGCCUAAAGGAUAUUUCUAGGAGUCAUGUUAAGACAGAGAAGGAGAGGCUUCUCUCCAUGCUUUAAUUGUGUUGUAGAUCUCUUUUUCUCUCCCUCGUCAGCUUUAUUAGUUCCUUUUAGUAAGUACAUUAUGUACAGAGGGGGAAACAAACUUCUCGUGUUAGAAACGAUCUAUAUGCCUUGUUCUAAUGUGAUGGGUCAAAUUAUCCAAAGUAGAAUAUAUCUCCUCUGUUCUUGCAU